AUGGCUGGCCGGUUUGUGCGAGCGUCGAAAUACCGACACGUCUUCGGCAAGCCGACGCGCAAGGAAUUCUGCUACGAUAACCUCCAUAUCAGCCGCAAUGCCUGGGAUACGAAUCUCGUAAAGGUCAAUCCCGAAUACCUUUCUGUCAAUUGGGAUGCUGGCGGCGGUGGCGCCUUUGCCGUCAUCCCCCUAGAGGAGAGGGGCAAGGUCCCAGACCAGAUCCCGCUGUUUCGAGGCCAUACUGCUACUGUUCUCGAUACGGAUUGGAACCCUUUCAAUGACCGCGUGAUUGCUUCCAGCUCCGAGGAUGGCAAGGUCUUCAUAUGGGAGGUCCCCGAAGGGUUUACUCUCCACACCGACGCCGAAGAGCCUGCGGAUGUCCACCCUGUCAGCAAGCUUGCCGGCCAUUCGAGGAAGGUCGGCCAAGUCCUCUUCAACCCUGCCGCCGAGAACAUCCUCGCCUCCGCCUCGGGCGAUUUCACCAUCAAGCUCUGGGACAUCAGCACCGGCCAGUCCACCCACCUCCUCAAACACGGCGACCUCGUUCAGAGCCUGUCGUGGAACGCCCCUGGCUCCCUCCUCGUCACGACCUCCCGCGACAAGAAGAUCCGCGUCUGGGACGUGCGCCAGGAGACGCCCGUCCAUGAAUCCGCCGGCCACGCCGGUGCGAAAAACAGCAGGACCGUCUGGAUGGGCGAACAUAAUCGGUUCGCCACCACGGGCUUCUCCCGCAUGAGCGAACGCCAGAUUGCGCUGUGGGAACCCGGCCGCCCGGAUCCUAUCGGCGGCUUCACCAUGCUCGACUCCAUCUCGGGAGUUUGCAUGCCCUUCUGGGAUGAUGGCUCGAACUGCCUGUACCUCGCUGGCAAGGGCGAUGGCAACAUUCGAUACUUCGAGUACGAGAACGACAAGUUUGAAUUUUUGAGCGAGUACAAGUCGGCCGAGCCGCAAAGAGGCAUUGCUUUCUGCCCGAGACGCGGCAUCAACGUCCACGAGAACGAGGUCAUGAGAGCUUACAAGACGGUCAACGACACCUACAUUGAACCCAUCUCUUUCACUGUCCCUCGAAGGGCCGAGACGUUCCAGUCUGACAUCUUCCCUCCCGCUACCGGCCUCAAGCCUGCCAUGUCUGCGCAGGAGUGGAUCGACGGCAAGGAAGGUCUCCCUCCCAAGAUCGAUCUGGAGAGCGUCUACGAGGGCACCGCGCCGAAGGAGGUUCAGGCCGAGUACAAACCGAAGCCCGCCCCUGCCCCUGCCCCCGCCGCAGCGAAGCCGGCACCUAAGAAGGAAGAGCCCGAGCCCAGUGCGCCGGUCGCACGUGGCCCGCCACCGUCGAUGAAGGAUCAACAAGCUUCCAUCUCGAACAUGGCAAGCAAGUUCAAGGACGAGGACCCCGAGGACGAAGAGGAGAGCAGCGACGAUGAUUCGAGCUUUGAGCAGGUUCAGAGACCGCAGCCGCGAGGUCCCCCUGCCGCUGCCACACCUGCUGCUGCUACUACUUCUGCUGCCCCCGUCCGCCCCGAGCCGGCAAAGCAGCCGCCUGCCCAGGUCAAGGCGCCCGUCAGAGAGCCGCAGCCGGCAGCCGGCAGCAACAACGACAACGACAACGAGAACGACGACAACAACACCACCACCACCACCACCAAUAUCAGCAGCGGCGCCGCGGCGGCUGCGUCGACGAGCACGGUCGAAUCGUCUCUGGAGGAGAUUAAACAGCUCCUCGAGCGUCAGACGAAGCUGAUCAGCUCCCAGAACGAGAGGAUUGUGCAGCUUACGGCCGAGGUGGAUAGUUUGAAGCGCAGGGUCGGGUCGGCGGCCGGGACUUCGCAGGAUCAGAGCGAGCGGAUUCGGCAGUUGGAGCUGGAGCUGGAGGCGGCCAGGGGGGACUAA